GUUAAAAUGAUUUUUUUUUUUUAAAUUUUAAGAGAUCUCUUCUCCCAAAUUCUCUAAUCUCCCAUUGAAAACCCUAACCCUAGCGUCCCUCUACUGAUAUUCUCAUCCUCUCGCCGAUAUGGGCAUCUCCUUUCAAGUUGAAGGAGUGGUGAAUUUGGAAAUGGCGCUAGAGGGAUGAACUGACUUUGGGGAUGUCAAAAAAGACAAUUACCCUGGUUGAAGGAGUGGUGGAUUUGGAAAGGCACAAGAGGGAUGAACUGAAUUUGGGGAUAUGAAAAUAGACGAUUACGUAUGCUGAUGAAGUAGAGAAUCGUAGCUGUAGUGGAAUUUGCUCUUCUGGAUUGCAACAGGAGUAUCUCUGAUUAUCGAGACUUGGCAGCUAAUAGAUCUCCAUGACAGAAGCGGGAAGCCCCUAAUCAUGAGGAAAAUUGAUUUUGAUCUCUAUGAAAGCAUGCAUCGGUGUUGAAUGAGGACUCUAACAACAUGAAUUGGCUACACAAACUUGAACUCCAUUCUGACCAAAACCCUAUGUUUGAUUGUUGAUUUCAGCCUUACCCAGAACCGAUUGGCGUUUAACGACAGCCAGUGACAGGUUUAAUAUUAACUCCCAACUCGAGCAUCUUCAAGCUAAAUAUGUUGGGACUGGGCAUGCUGAUAUGAGUAGAUUUGAUUGGGCGGUUAACAUCCAACGUGAUAGCUACGCAUCUUAUGUUGGCCACUACCCCCUUUUGGCUUACUUUGCUGUUGCUGAAAAUGAAUCAAUUGGGAGAGAACACUACAAUUUUAUGCAGAAAAUGUUGCUGCCUUGUGGACUUCCACCAGAGAGAGAAGAAGAUCAGGAGUACAGGGUAAUUCUGCAAGGUGGUUUUUUACAUACUCUCGAUAAGACCGUUUCUGCUUCAGCAGCGGUCCAGAGUAAUUCUGCAAGAAAAUGUUGCUGCCCUGUGGUCUUCCACCAGAGAGAGAAGAAGAUUAGGUACUGGAGAUCUUCAAGCCGGGCUAUCAUUCCUUUUAUUUUAUCGUCUUCCCUUCCGUUGUAUGAAACAAAAUGUUUGCAUAUUUCUAUUUCCAAACUAGAUGCUCUUCAAUGUGAAUUGUAGGAGAUAUAACUAUUCUUAUUACCAUCUAUGAACUAUCGUAUGAAUUGAAAGUAUUUCUGGUUCGCAUAUGAAUUGAAACUAUUGUAUGAAAUGAAAGUAUUUCUGGUUCGUAUUA